AUGCGCGGGCCUGGGCGCCCCCUCCUCCUGGGGCUGCUGCUCGUGCUGGGCGCGGCGGGGCCCGGGGUCGCCGAGCCCCGGGAGGCGGCCAACAGACAGACCCUGCUGCGGCUGAUCGUGGAGAUCCUCCAGGAGCUCAAGAAGUACCAUUCGGGCGAGUCGAAGAGACUGCAACUCUUGGGCCAGCACGACUACACUCUGGGCCGCAGGGAGGUCUCGGACUACCCGGUUUAUCCCGAGGAGCAGAGAGUGGAAAUUGUUCCUCGAGAUCUAAGGAUGAAGGACAAGUUUCUAAAACAUCUUACAGGUCCUCUUUAUUUCAGUCCAAAGUGCAGCAAACACUUUCACAGACUUUACCACAACACCAGAGACUGCACCAUCCCUGCAUACUACAAAAGAUGUGCCAGGCUGCUUACCCGGCUGGCUGUCAGUCCAAUGUGCAUGGAGGGAUAAGCAGUGAGCAGAGCUGCAAAGGACCAACAGCCCACGAACCAUGAGAAGUGCCUUGGAAAUCAACAGGGAACAGAACCUGCUACCUUCACGAACACGUCCCCUUGUGAACAAGAGAUUUAUUUUUGCAGACUGACUCUUCCAUAAACCCUUUAACUUGAGUUUUGUAUGUUGUUGACACUGUUGGCAGGUACAUAUUCAGUUAAUCAGCGUACCUGACGGUAACACUUGCCAUUCACGAUUUUGGGGGAAAAGGCGAAUGCUCCACAUUUGAUGCUGUAAAAUUAGACAAAGCUAUUUCAUUCUCCUGAUUAGGUGAAAUCUCAAAGAGUAUUUCUUUAGAAACAUAAAUAGAA